GGCUCAGGCUAUAUGAAAGGACAGAGCUGGAUACAGUGGAUCACUCCAGGAGAAUUGCAUUCAGGGUAGCAUCAUCCUCUCUGCCAUUCCUUCUUCAGUUUGUCUCUGAAUCCAUCCAUUAGUCAGCAUGAGCUACUACCAGCGUUCUACCUAUUCCAGCGGCCCUGCAGGCUACAGUGGAGGCUCUGUGAUCAGCCAGCGUCGUGUGGGCUCACUAUCCUCCGCACCUAAAGCCUUCAGUGUCUAUGGAAGUGGCUCAGGCGGCACCCGAAUCUCCUCAGGAGUCGCAAGGACUGUGUCUUCUGGCUAUGGUGGUGGACUGGGCAUGGGAAGAGAUGGUGGCUUCAGCCUGUCUUCUGCCCUGGACAGCAAUGACAGCAUGCAAAUGAAUGAGAAGGCCACCAUGCAGAACCUGAACGAUCGUCUGGCCUCCUACCUGGACAAGGUCCGCUCUCUGGAAGCUGCCAAUGCAAAACUGGAGGUGAAGAUCCGUGAGUACUAUGAGAAGAAAGGACCAAUUGCUGACAGAGAUUACAGUGCCUACUGGGCCACCAUCAAUGACCUGAAGGAUAAGAUCAAGAAUGCCACCAUCGGCAAUGCCAACAUACUCCUGCAGAUUGACAACUCCAAACUGGCUGCAGAUGACUUCAAAACUAAAUUCGAGCACGAAUUGUUAAUGAGACAGUCCGUGGAGGCUGACAUUGGCAACUUGAGACGCCUGCUGGACCAGACCACCCUGACCAAGGCUGACCUGGAGAUGCAGAUUGAAGGUCUGCAGGAUGAGUUGGCCUACCUGAAAAAGAACCACCAGGAGGAACUGGCUGCUAUGAGAUCUCAGCUUACUGGAAACGUGAACGUGGAGGUAGACGCUCCUCCGCAUCAGGACCUGAACAAGGUUUUAACGGAGAUCCGUGCUCAGUACGAGAACAUCACAGACAAACACCGCAGAGAACAAGAGGCUUGGUUCAAUCAGCAGUCUGAAGCACUAAACAAGGAGGUUGCCAUGAGCACAGAGACCAUUCAGACCUCCAAGACGGAGCUCACAGACUUGAGGCGAACCCUGCAAGGCUUGGAAAUUGAACUACAAUCACAACUAAGCAUGAAAGCGGCCCUGGAGAACACGCUAGGCGAGACAGAAGCUCGCUACAGUGCCAUGCUAGCAGGCUUCCAGAACCAGAUUAACAUGCUAGAGUCGGAGUUGUCACAGGUGCGAGCCAGCGUUGAGCAGCAGGGCCGUGAGUACGACAUGUUGCUAGAUAUCAAGAGUCGUCUAGAGCAGGAGAUCGCCACAUACAGAAGCCUCCUGGAGAAAGAAGAGUCCAGAACUCCUGGCACAGGUGGAUCCACCAUGGUCACUACCACCACCACUGUGCGCAGCUAAACAGAGUACUGGUUUCUGAGAAACACACACACUAAAGCAUUGUUUCAGUGGGUCAGUGAUUACGAUAGACAAUUGUCAAUCAUGGUCAUAAAACCCAGGAAACAGCUGUUUUGAAUUUGAUCAAGAUUAAAUCCAACUACUUGUUGUGUGUGAGGAAAAAGCGGUCUCUGAAAAUAAAGCUGCUGGCAAACGUAUAA